UGCAGCCUUGGCCAACCUAGGUGGUUAGCCAUGGCUCACCAUUUUUCUAAUAAGGCCUUAGGUUCCUUUUUCUUGUUAUCUUUUUUUAUGUUGUCUUGUUCAACCUUUACCUAUGGCCAUAGUCAUUUUCUUCUUGAUCCAGUAGUUAUUCCUGGUGAUUAUCUUUACCCACCAGGAAAUGAUAUUGGAGUUGGUGAUCCUCCAGCUCAAUCACCCGAGGUGUUAAUCGGUGAUGCUCCAGCUCAAUCGCCCGAGCCGUUAAUAGGUGAUUCUCCCGCUCCUGCUCCUGCUCCUGCGGCUGAAAUCGAAUGUGAGAAUCGUAACAUGAGUUUUCCUAAUGAGAGGCUAAAACAUUCUUAUGUUGCAUUUCAAGCAUGGAAAAAGGCUAUUUAUUCUGACCCUUUUAACACAACUGCUAAUUGGGUUGGUCAUGAUGUUUGUUCUUACAAUGGUGUGUUUUGUUCUCCUGCUCUUGAUGAUCCUACAUUGAAUGUUGUUGCUGGUGUUGAUCUUAAUCACGCCGAUAUCGCCGGUCAUCUUCCUGAAGAGUUAGGACUAUUGAAUGAUACUGCUCUUUUCCAUAUUAACUCAAACAGGUUCUGUGGUAUUAUUCCUGAUAGCUUUGAGAAUCUCACUAUUAUGCAUGAGUUUGAUAUCAGUAACAACCGUUUCGUCGGUGAAUUUCCUUUGGUGGUCUUAAAAUGGAAAAACUUGAAGUUUUUGGAUAUUAGGUUCAAUGAUUUUGAAGGAGUUUUACCUCCAGAGCUAUUUGAGAAAGAGCUUGAUGCAAUAUUUUUGAACAACAACCGUUUCACCUCGCAUAUACCAGAAACACUUGGAAAUUCAACAGCCUCUGUUGUGAGUUUUGCGAACAAUCAUUUUACAGGUUGUAUUCCAAAAUCAAUUGGACACAUGGUGAACUUGAAUGAGAUUGUUUUCUUAGGAAAUAGUCUUGGUGGUUGUUUUCCACAAGAGAUUGGUUUGUUAGGGGAUUUAACCGUUUUGGAUGCUAGCAAAAAUGGGUUUGUUGGGACACUACCAAACUUAGCAGGGUUGAAGAAUGUUGAGGUUAUUGAGAUAGCACAUAACAAGCUUAGUGGUUAUGUUUCCAACACUAUUUGUCAACUACCUUUGUUGACGAACUUUACAUUUUCUUAUAACUACUUUAAUGGAGAAGCACAGGCCUGUGUUCCUUCAAAAGAUUCUCUUGUUGUGUUGGAUGAUGCCAAAAAUUGUUUACCGGGAAGGAAGAAUCAAAAGACAGCUAAACAAUGUUUACCUGUUUUGACAAAACCUGUGGAUUGUAGCAAAAAUUGUGGUGGAGGAAAAGGGAAGAGUCAUGCUCCUUCAACACCUAAACCAACUCCAUCAAAUCCACCUAAGGUAGAGACACCAAAGGCUCAACCACCACAAAUUCCACCAACACUUCCACCGGUUGAAGAUAUUCCACCUAUGCGACCACCGGUUGUAGAUAUUCCACCAACACUUCCACCGGUUGAGGACAUUCCACCUAUGCUACCACCUGUUAAAGAUAUUCCACCAACCGUUUCACCAGUGUCGUUACCACCACCACCACCGGUUGAGCACAUUCCACCUAUGUUACCACCAGUUGAAGAUAUUCCACCAACCGUUGCACCAGUGUCAUCACCAUCACCACCACCACCCGUUGAGCACAUUCCACCUAUGUUACCACCAGUUGAAGAUAUUCCACCAACCGUUGCACCAGUGUCAUCACCACCACCACCACCACCGGUUGAGCACAUUCCACCUAUGCUACCACCAGUUGAAGAUAUUCCACCGACCGUUGCACCAGUGUCAUCACCACCACCACCAGUUUACUCUCCCCCACCACCCUCACCAACCUUCUCCCCUCCUCCACCAGUCAACUCUCCACCACCACCACCAGUGUACUCCCCUCCACCACCCCCGCCAGUCCACUCUCCCCCUCCACCAGUUUAUUCUCCACCACCACCAGUUUACUCUCCUCCUCCACCACCUCCAGUUCACUCUCCACCACCUCCGGUUCACUCUCCUCCCCCACCAGUCAACUCUCCCCCACCUCCAGUUCACUCUCCUCCCCCACCAGUCCAUUCUCCCCCACCACCAACUCAGUCUCCACCGCCACCAGUCCAUUCUCCUCCCCCACCAACUCAGUCUCCACCCCCACCAGUCCAUUCUCCUCCCCCACCAACUCAGUCUCCACCGCCACCAGUCCAUUCUCCCCCACCACCAACUCAGUCUCCACCGCCACCAGUCCAUUCUCCUCCACCACCAACUCAGUCUCCACCCCUACCGGUCCAUUCUCCUCCCCCACCAACUCAGUCUCCACCCCCACCAGUCCAUUCUCCUCCCCCACCAGUCCAUUCUCCUCCCCCACCAACUCAGUCUCCACCCCCACCAGUCCAUUCUCCUCCACCACCAGUCUUCUCACCUCCACCACCAGUACACUCACCUCCUCCACCCCCAGUCAACUCACCACCACCACCAGUACACUCUCCUCCUCCACCCCCAGCCAACUCACCACCACCACCAGUACACUCUCCUCCUCCACCACCAAAAUGGGAUGACAUCACACUACCACCACACAUUGGAGCUGAAUAUAGGUCACCUCCUCCUCCAACAAUUGCUGGAUACUAAAAGAGAAGACUACAAUACAACUUUCAUUAACAUCUUUGUCAUUAUUUUAACUGUAUACAGUUUCAAAAUUACUAACACAAAAAGUUGAACUUGACCUAUGUGUGAAUUCUAAUGAAACUAAUUUUAAUGGCAUUUUAUAUCUUCUUA